AUGGCUGAGGUCUCUUAUUCGUUCGUUCGUUCCUUCCUUCCUUCCUUCUUUCUUGUCAUCUUUUGUGGGCUGUUGACCAACUUUCACCCCUACCUACCUUUUCAUUUUUUCUCUUCUAUUUUGCGUUCUGUAGACAAAUAUCUUCUUUUUUCUUUCUUUCUUUCUUUCCUUCCUUCCUUCCUUCUUUCUUUCUCUUUAUGCUUUCUUUGCGUAUUAAUUAUGUAUUUCUUUCUUUCUUUUUUCUUUCUUUCAUUAUUAUUUUUCUUUCUUUCUCUUCCUUUAAUCUUUCCUUUAUUUCUUUCUUUUCUGUAUACUCUCCUCGCAUAUAAACUCUUCUUUUUUCCUUCCUUCCUUCCUUCCUUCCUUCCUUCCUAUCUCCUUCCUUCCUUCCUUCCUUCAUUCCUUCCUUCCUCUCUCCUUCCUUCCUCCUCCCUCUCUCCUUCCUUCCUUCCUUCCUUCCUUCCUUCCUUCCUUCCUUCCUUCCUUCCUUCCUCUCUCCUUCCUUCCUCCUUCCUUCCUUCUUUCCUUCUUUCCUUCCUUCCUUCCCUUUAUGCUUUCUUUGCAGCAACUCUUUCUUUUUCUUUCUCUUUAUACUUUCUUUGCGUAUCCACUCUUUUUUCUUUCUUUCUUUUUCUUUCUUUCUUUCUUUUUCUUUCCUUCUUUUUUUUGUUUUCUUUUCUUUCUUUCUUUCUUUCUUUCUUUCUUUAUACUUUUCCCACAUAUAAAUUCUUUCUUUCUUUCUUUCUUUCUUUUCUCUCUCUCUUUCUUUCUUUUUAUUUAAUUUAUUUCUUCUAUUUCAUUUUUCUAAUCAAAUCAUUUAAUGAUUUAUUUAUUCAGCCUUUCCAUCUCCCCCUCUUCCUCUUCCUCUUCCUCCUCCCCCCCCCUCUUCCCUUGCCCUCCUCUUUUUUGAUUAUUCCAUUCCAGCACACCUUUCAGUUUCAUUUGUGCAUCUAUCUAUCUAUCUAUCUAUCUAUAUGCUUUUUGAUACUUUUCGUUCACCUUUCUUUCUUUCUCUCUCUCUUUCUUUCUUUUUUAUUUCUUUCUUUUUCUUUAUUCAUUUCAUUUCUUUUUUUUCUUUCGUUCUUUUUCUUUAUACUUUUCCCAGUUUAUUCAUAUCUCUCUAUCUCAGUCUAUUCAUAUCUAUCUAUCUAUCUAUCUAUCUAUCUAUCUAUCUAUCUAUCUAUCUAUCUAUCUAUCUGCAUUCUGCUUCUUUUCGUUCACCUUUCUUUCUUUCUUUCUUUCUUUCUUUCUUUCUUUCUUUCUUUCUUUCUUUCCGGUGAAUUUUUCUCAAAGAUUUGUUUGCUUGUAUCUUACUUCUUGACAGUCGCCACAGUGGUACUUUUUCAACCGUCUUCCUUUCUUUUUAUUCUUCUUAUUUUUUCUUUUUCCACUUCUCUUUUUUCCAAUAUUUUUACCUCUCUCUAUUUUUCAUUUUUCUCUUCUUUCUCCGCCUUCCAUUUCUUUCUCUAG